UGGGAGAGAGAGAGAGAGUUGUUGGUGUGGUGCACGCUUUUCUCCUUGCACAAAAGCCCCGGCAGAGAAAACUCUUGGAAAGCUCGGAGCAGGAGGAGCCGGGAGCCGGACGGCCACCGAUCUCGCUGUCCUGGCGCUGCAAUUGUGUGCCCCCCCUCGAACUGGAUACGUUGUUGCAACUGUGAAGGAACUAAAUUCGAUUUUGUAGGAGCCUUAUUAUUAUUUUUUUGGUUGCUUUUUGGUAGAGAUUCUCGUUUUCCUCCAACCCCCCUUCACUUUCCCGAUCAUUUUUUCCCCCUUGGGGGUAGAGGGGGAUACACAAGGGGAAAAAAAAAGUAAAGGAAUAUGAUUGCUUCGUGGUUGACUUUCGCCUUUCUUUGUGGAACUUUCUGUGCAGGGCCAGGUCAUGGGGAGGCAGAGACGAGAGAAUGCAUCUACUACAAUGCCAACUGGGAGCUGGAGAAGACCAAUCAGAGUGGCGUGGAACGCUGUGAAGGAGAGAAGGACAAACGGCUCCAUUGCUAUGCUUCUUGGAGAAACAACUCUGGCUCCAUUGAGUUGGUGAAGAAAGGCUGCUGGUUAGAUGACUUCAACUGCUAUGACAGGCAAGAAUGUGUAGCCACAGAAGAGAACCCUCAAGUGUUUUUCUGCUGCUGUGAGGGGAACUAUUGCAAUGAGAAAUUUACGCACUUACCUGAAGUAACUGGUCCAGAAGUAAUAUAUGAGCCACCACCACCAACACCCUCACUACUCAACAUUCUGGUUUACUCUCUGCUUCCAAUCGCUGUUCUGUCAGUGGCCAUUCUCUUGGCCUUCUGGAUGUACCGUCACCGAAAGCCCCCCUAUGGGCACGUUGACAUUAAUGAGGACCCUGGUCCACCACCCCCUUCUCCAUUGGUUGGCCUUAAGCCUUUGCAAUUAUUGGAGAUCAAAGCUAGGGGGCGCUUUGGCUGUGUCUGGAAGGCUCAGCUGAUGAACGACUAUGUAGCAGUGAAAAUCUUCCCCAUACAGGAUAAAAUAUCCUGGCAGAGUGAGAGAGAAAUCUUCAACACCCCUGGCAUGAAGCACGAAAACCUUUUGCAGUUUAUUGCAGCAGAGAAACGAGGAACAAACCUGGAGAUGGAGCUAUGGCUGAUCACAGCUUUCCAUGACAAGGGCUCUCUGACAGAUUACCUGAAGGGGAAUAUUAUCAGCUGGAAUGAACUCUGCCACGUUGCAGAAACAAUGGCCCAUGGACUGUCCUACCUACAUGAAGAUGUCCCCUGGUGUAAAGGGGAAGGACACAAACCUGCCAUAGCACACAGGGACUUCAAGAGUAAAAAUGUGUUGUUGAAGAAUGACUUGACAGCAGUUCUAGCUGACUUUGGACUGGCUGUACGAUUCGAGCCUGGAAAACCUCCAGGGGACACCCAUGGACAGGUGGGAACAAGGAGGUACAUGGCUCCUGAGGUGUUAGAGGGGGCAAUCAACUUCCAGCGAGAUGCCUUCCUGAGAAUAGACAUGUAUGCAAUGGGACUAGUAUUGUGGGAGUUAAUCUCCAGGUGCACAGCAGCUGAUGGUCCAGUAGAUGAGUAUAUGCUGCCUUUUGAAGAGGAGAUAGGUCAGCAUCCAUCCCUUGAGGACCUGCAGGAAGUGGUGGUUCACAAAAAGAUGCGGCCUGCUUUCAAGGAUCACUGGCUGAAACACCCUGGUUUGGCACAGCUCUGUGUUACGAUAGAAGAAUGCUGGGACCACGAUGCAGAGGCUCGGCUUUCGGCAGGCUGUGUCGAGGAGCGCAUUUCUCAGAUCCGUAAAUCAGUAAACGGCACUACCUCGGACUGCCUCGUUUCCAUCGUGACAUCUGUCACCAACGUGGACUUGCCACCCAAAGAGUCUAGUAUCUAAGUCCUGGUUCACUUUUGUCUUUCCAGACUCAGUGGAUUUAAAAAAAGUUUAAAAACCCAACAAACACAUGAAUGCAGCUGCUAUUUUAUCUUGACUUUUUAUUGUUGUUGUUGUUGUUGUUUUUGGAUUGGAUCAAUUUUACCAGCACAUUGCUCUACUGUAUUAAAAAAAAAAAAGAAAAGAAAAAAAAAAAAACAAAGAAGACAUCUCAGCAAGCAUUCAGGUGCCGACUAAUGAAUGCAGAAAAGGUGCAGGUACCUCAGAACCUCAACAAACUCACUUCAUUUGUGGUUUUUUUUAAAUUCAGUUUUCUGGGUUUCUCUUUAUCAGUCUAUCUUCAACGCAGAGCAUCUCUGACAUAAAGGAAAACCACAUACCAUCUUAGAAAACGCAAUGCUGUAAACUUAGGAGGAAACUUAAGACUGUUACAUAAGAUUACACCUUCCUCAAAAGGAUUAUUUUCCCCUAUUUUCUUUUUUUGGACAGUGAGCUUCAAAAAGAAACAAACAGCAGAUGUGUCUUUUACGGAUCUAACGGGUGUCAUUGUAACGGAAAAGAACACAAGAAACUGGGAAGAGAAUGUUAACUCUUUGAUGGUAAAAUUAAAGGGGGGUGUUUAGUAUAAGGGAAAGGGAGAGUGACGUUGGACUUUGCAGCAUUUGGAGAAACAUCAUUUGCUAUGGAGCUACUUCUCAGGUAACCAGUUAAUGAGGGGAAGAACUUUUUUGAGGCAGAGUAUUUAUCACCGCAGCAUAUGGAGAAAGUUGGGUCAAAGAGCCAAUGGGAUAAGCAAGGUACUAGUUCUUACUUCCCCCAGUAUCUCAGGCUUGGGUGUUAAAAGAACAAAACCAAACCAUGGGGUGGGUGGGGGUGUGUGUGUGUGUGUAUGUAUAUAUAUGUGUGUGUAUGUGUGUAUAUAUAUAUAUAUUUAAAACUCCAGGUUAGAAUUGGAAAAAGAUGCUUUUAAGCAGUGUAAUUGAGAGAAGUAGCAGCAUAUUCUCAGAAGCACUCUGUAAAGUAUUGGAAGAUUUGAAAGCAUUUAUAUCUUGCUUUAAAUACAGUAGCAGUUCAGGGAAUAAGGCCUCAGGGCUGGAUAACUGCUUAGCCCAAGCUACCAGUGCAGAUGGUUAAAAAGAAGAAAAGUAUGAUUUCUGGCUCUGUAGAAAGGCCUUUUUUUAACUGGAGGGGAAAACAUUACCUGGGCCAGUAGCAGACAGUUGCACCCAAGAAUCAUUUGAAUUGUAAAAUUGCAGAAUAUAGGGAGGUAACAGAGCAGCAUUAGAGUUAACCAUAGAAUCUGUUAAACCAAUUUCUUUGACUCAGCUUUCUCUUUAUCUGUGACUAAACUCUUUUGUCUUAAAGUGGUGCAUAUUCUAAAAUACCGUUACUCUAGUAUGCCAUAAACUUGCUCUAGUCAGUGAAUGUUCCUAAUGCUGCUGAUUCAACAUUUAAAUAUUUUUUUAAUUUGCAAAACAUGCAAUGUUUAAAAUACAAAACAC